AUGGCGGCCAUGUCCUCCGCUCAGAUUGUAUCCGCCACUGCCAUUCACAACAAGCUGGGCCUUCCAGGGAUUCCUCGCCCGGCCUUUCCUGCUGCACCCGGGUACUGGCCAGGAAUGAUACAGACGGGUCAGCCGGGAUCCUCACAAGACGUCAAGCCAUUUGUCCAGCAAGCAUAUCCCAUCCAGCCCACCGUCACAGCGCCCCUAACAGGUUUUGAAACCGCAGCGCCGCCUGCCUCCUCAGUCCCGGCAUGGCAAGGUCGGUCUAUAGGCACAAGCAAACUUCGAUUGGUGGAGUUUUCAGCGUUUCUAGAACAGCAGCGGGACCCGGACGCUUACAACAAACACCUCUUUGUGCACAUCGGACAAGCAAACCACUCGUACAGCGACCCCCUGCUCGAGUCUGUAGACAUCCGCCAAAUUUACGACAAGUUUCCAGAGAAGAAAGGGGGCUUGAAGGAGCUGUUUGGGAAGGGUCCGCAGAAUGCCUUCUUCUUAGUAAAGUUCUGGGCCGACUUGAACUGUAAUAUCCAGGACGAUGCCGGGGCGUUCUACGGUGUAACGAGUCAGUACGAAAGCUCGGAAAAUAUGACCAUCACCUGCUCAACUAAAGUCUGUUCGUUUGGGAAACAAGUGGUGAGAAGUUUACAGACAGAAUAUGCAAGGUUUGAAAAUGGCCGAUUCGUGUAUAGGAUAAACCGCUCUCCCAUGUGUGAAUAUAUGAUAAAUUUUAUCCACAAGCUGAAGCACUUACCGGAGAAGUACAUGAUGAACAGCGUGUUGGAAAACUUUACUAUUUUGUUGGUGGUAACAAACAGGGAUACACAAGACACACUACUGUGCAUGGCGUGCGUAUUUGAAGUGUCAAACAGUGAACACGGAGCACAACAUCACAUCUACAGGCUGGUGAAAGAAUGA